AAAUAAUUUGUAUCAAAAUUUGAAGAAAUUUUAUUGUAAGAGCAAGUUGUUGCUGAUGAAAAGUAUUCACUUACCUUUCACUAAGACGGAGUCUACGUUCACGUGGAGGUGGACACGUAAUAGUGACUUACGUCGACGUCGGAAUGGCUGGAGUUGGCCCCCUUCUGCAUUACAAUUGCUUUGUUGGCUAGCGAUACCUGUGAUAGCUCCGUCUACUGCCUUCUUACUUUUACCUUUGCAUCAACUUUACGCUCCAUUAGCUGUAUUAAUUGCUACUCUGUAUCUUUUGCUACAAAUCAUCAUACUGACAAGCAUUGACCCCGCUGUGAGCAACUUGCACAAAGGUCAGGGACCUGCACUUUUUGAUGCAACAAAACAUAAUCAUGUUAUCGAGAAUCUCUACUGCAAUAUUUGUCUCAUUCACGUGGAUCCAACUUGCAAACAUUGUCGUCAGUGUAAUAAGUGUAUAUCUGGCUUUGAUCAUCACUGCAAAUGGCUCAAUAAUUGUGUGGGUGCUGUGAAUUACAGGUUAUUCUUACUAUUAGUGAUGUCAGUAUGCUUCAUAUCAGCGAUCAUAUCAACAUGCCUUAUUGUUCUUCCAGUUAUUUCAUUCAUUAACUCAAAAUUACUGCUUGAUAUAAAUAAGUUACCGAUGGAAGUAAUUAUGUGGCAAGCACUCUGCCUGGGAGCUUGCGUUCCAUACACAAUUGUAGCAUUCCUCUGCGCACAUCUAAUUUAUUUCCAUUACAAAUUAUGUCAGUUAGUCUGUAAUUUCAGGGAGCAUGGCAUGACAACCUAUAGCUUCAUCAGAGUUAAUCCACAGUCUCAAGAAGCUGAAGAUAUUAUUUCUCUUCAAAAGAAUGAUGAGCAAAAUAUUGCAACAACUACUCCAAAUAGAGUACCUGAUACUGUUACUGUAGAGAAAAGUUGUUCCAAACGAAGUACGAUAAGGUCGAGAGCCAUUCACGAUUCUUCGCAAUCAAUUCCAUAUCCUUAUUCUUUGAUAUUUAUUAAAAUAGCAAGUAAAUUAAGUUCAUAUAACAGUAUUGAAAGAUACGAUAAAAUGUUAAGUAUUUUAAAACUUUGCAAAAAGAAUAGUCGUUUGACUGUUAAAUUAUUAAUACAAUAUAAAAUAGUGUCAAUGACAACAAUAAUGGUAAUAACAAUAAUUAAUGGCACUGAGAUUGAAAAAUGCAAAUGCUGAUA